AUAGGAGUUGAACUGCAAAUUUGCAAGACUUGCAAGUUGCAACCAUUGUUAUCAAUUUCUUCUUUCAGUUAUUAUCUUAAAAUUCCAGACGCGGUUUUAGCACUCCCAAUUUUCAGUUUUUAACCAUAACACCACAAACAUAUUCUGUCACGGCCUCAAAUCAGCCGCCGUAUCAAACAACUACAAAUCUCUCUUCCAUCUUCUCCAAAUCUCUCUUUUCCCCCAAAUCUAAUCCUUUCUGAUAAAACCCUAACCCUAAUUUUCCGCAGAAUUUCAAUUCAGCAAUCACAAUGCUUCUAUCUCCAGGCCACUCCCCACGCCAUCUCUCAUCCCCAUCUCCUUCUCUAUCAUCCAUCGAUCCUCCCUCUUCUUCCUCCCAACAAAAACCUCCAAAUAAAUCUCCCACAGUGCUCGAUGAAGACAGUUAUGUCGCAGCAAUCGAGAAAAUCAUCGAGCGCGACUUUUUUCCUGACAUUCCGAAGCUUCGAGAUCGUCUCGAUUGGCUCGAAGCCGUCAAAACUCGCGACCCAGUUCAAAUUCGUGAUGCGCAGUUGAAGAUUCUAGAGCGUCGGCGCGGUUCGAAUCCUGAUCAAGGUAAAAUUCGAACUCCUGGGUCGACUUUUUUCAGAAAUUCUGUGACACCCUUUGAAUUUGAACAAACUCCUUCUGUGAUUGACGGGAAUUUGGGGGUUAGGGUUGAUGGGGAGAAUUCUUCUGGGGUUGAUGAGAAUUUGAGUUUGGAUAAGUUUUUUAGGAGGUAUACUAGUGAAGAUAAUGAUAGUUUUAAUAAGAUUAUGGAGAAAGUUAAUAGGAAAAGGAAAGAGAGAUACGGGUAUUUGUUGGAAGGGGAGAAAACAGAGGAGGAGGUUAAGGGGAUUGAGGAUGUUAAGAGGGAUAGGAUUACGGAUGGGUAUGGUACGUCGGAUCAGCCGCCGAGUACAUUGGAGGGUUGGAAUUAUUGUGCUAAGAAUUUGCUAAUGUAUCAUCCUGCUGAUAGGGGGGAAGCCCCGUUGACGGAGGAGGAGAUGGCCGAGAGGUUGAAGGGUUUGACGAAGGAGGUUGAUCGGUAUAAUACUCGAUUUCAUGGGAAAAUGUUGGAUUCUGGACCGAAAGAUGAGGAUGAGGUUGAGGUUUUGUAUACCACUGUGGCAGGUGGCACGCCGGUUAUGUCUGAUAGGAAUAGAGAUAAGACGAAGAAGUAUGAUCUGGAGGAUUUGAGAAAGUCUCCGAAUCUGUUUUAUGUGGAGUCUGAGAAGAAGGCAGAUAAUGGUUACAGCUUUGUGAAGACCCCUUCACCUGCUCCAGGUGUGGAUGGAUCGCCGUUUAUCACUUGGGGUGAAAUUGAAGGGACACCUUUGAGAUUGGAGCCUGAGGAUACGCCACUUGAUAUUGGAGGCAGUGGUGAUGGGUCGCGUUUCAAGAUUCCAUUCCCACCUUCGCGGGAUGUAAAGGCUCAUUCUUUGUCCCGGGAGGCUGCUCGUAAGCUAAAGGAAAGGUCAAGGAUUUAUCAGAAACCACCAUUGCCUUCGCCGAUGAGGAGUGGAAGUGCCAGUCCCGUUGUAAGGAAUCUUUCUCCUGCUGCGCAGAAGUUCGUGAGGAAUGCUAUGGCAAAAUCAUCGUCUUCUGUUGAUGAAUCUCUGCGUGCUAGUUAUCGAGGCAAGAGUCCUGGCUUGGGUACUCCAAAAUCAGGAAGGAGCACGUCAAGGCUUGCAGGAGAUGGAACCAUUGGUUCCAGAUCACCUUCUGUGAGAGACGGUUCUAACCCUCCUUGGUGAUUCGGGUAUUGGCUUAUAAGUAGGAACUACAGCUUUGAGUAACGAGUUUCAAUGUAUAUUAAUCCUUGGGUACGAGUAUCUCUUGUACUCCAACAUCUGUAUCUGAUAACUUGUGUUUCCCCCUAUGGUUUUAUGAAAUACACGUAAUAUCUUGUUCU